GACGCAGAAGCAGACAAGAUGGCGGCGGCGGCGGCACAGGGCGGGAGAAGUGGUGGUGGCGGAGGCAGUAGUGGGGCUGGUGGUGGCCCUAGCUGUGGGACAGGCAGCAGCCGCAGCGGCUUGUUAGAUAAGUGGAAAAUUGAUGAUAAGCCUGUAAAAAUUGACAAAUGGGAUGGAUCAGCUGUGAAAAACUCUUUGGAUGAUUCUGCCAAAAAGGUACUUCUGGAAAAGUACAAGUAUGUGGAGAAUUUUGGGCUAAUUGACGGUCGCCUCACCAUCUGUACCAUCUCCUGUUUUUUUGCCAUAGUGGCUUUGAUUUGGGAUUAUAUGCACCCCUUUCCAGAGUCCAAGCCAGUUUUAGCCCUGUGCGUCAUAUCCUAUUUCGUGAUGAUGGGGAUUCUGACCAUUUAUACCUCAUAUAAGGAGAAGAGCAUCUUUCUUGUGGCUCACAGGAAAGAUCCUACUGGUAUGGAUCCUGAUGAUAUUUGGCAACUGUCCUCCAGUCUCAAAAGGUUUGAUGACAAAUAUACACUGAAACUGACCUUCAUCAGUGGGAGAACAAAGCAGCAGCGGGAAGCCGAAUUCACUAAGUCUAUCGCCAAGUUUUUUGACCACAGCGGGACACUGGUCAUGGAUGCAUACGAGCCUGAAAUAUCCAGGCUCCAUGACAGUCUUGCCACAGAAAGAAAAAUAAAAUAGCCAAUUCUAAAAGCAGCCCUCUUUCUGCUGGAUCAUGCUGAAUUACUGGAUGGGUGGGGGAAGAAACAGAACUUAAAAUGGGUAAAGUAAGAAAUGUUUAAAAUGUCCCUUUUUUUUGUCCUGAAAUUUUAGUCUCUUCUGGAAAAAUAGGAUUUUCUAGCACAGAUACAAGAAGUUGUAGCUCUUAUUUCUAGCUGUAGCUUCCUUGGUCUGCUGAUUGUGUUGUUUUGACUUGCUUUGGAAAAGCAUUCUUGCUGAAAGCUGUAUAAAACUUUUUUUUUUGUACGUAGUAGUACUUUCUAUAGUAUAGCUUUGUGCCAUGCAGCAUUUGAAGACUCAAUUUUAAAAAAUUGUUAACCUGUUGCUGACUUCAUGUUAAUUUCUGUUUCAACAACUGUUUCCUAAAGAAUUCAGGAUACAACUUCUUGUGUAUGACAGCUUUCCUCACACACCAUUUUUGUGGGUGUGUAUAUAUCUGACUUGGGGAAACUCCAAAAACCCACAAAAUAUAGCUUUUAAAUUUGUCUAAAAAGACCUGCCUGUUAAAAACACAUUUUGUGUUCUUAAUCAAUUGAAGAAGCCAGUGGCAUUUUUAAUUUUAUAUUGUCUGUUUUCCAUAGUAUAUCCCUGUUGAUUUGUUUGCGACCUUUAUUAAUUGCCAUUUUCUAAAUUUUUUUUUCAAUAAAAGGAAAGAAGAUGUGAAAAAA